CUAAAAGCUCAGUCAGUUGUGUGAGUCGGAUGGAACGCGUCAAUUGAUCAUUGAACAGAGACGUUUCUGUCUUUUUUUUUUGUAUGGAUUUUUCUAUUUCGUUCUUGUCAUACUGUAACUGAAUUGAAACGCGCACAGGUUGAACAGUUAGUACAUAAAGUGACUUUUGCGAUAUCGCUUUAAAGCGAAGACCCUCUUCUGGGAACCUUUGAAGACCUGGAUAACAUGGACGGAUUCUACGACCAGCAAGUCCCAUUUCUGGUCCUACCCAAUCAAAAAUCUCAUGUGGAGGAACCAUACAGCAGACCAAUCAUAGACAGCAGGAAAAGGAAGUUCGUAGACACAGUACUCGCCCAGGACACGGAAGACCUCUUCCAAGACCUCAGUCAGUUGCAGGAGAUCUGGAUUGCAGAAGCCCAGGUGCCUGAUGAUGAACAGUUUGUCCCGGAUUUUCAGUCGGAUAGCUUAAUGUUUCAUGGCCCCCCACCAUCCAAGAUUAAACGGGAACUGAGUCCUUCCAAAGAGAUUUGUCCUUGUAACCAGGAAAGGAGUCCCAUGCCGUAUGGAGAGAAGUGCCUUUACAGUGACAGUGCCUAUGAAAGGAGACCCAGUGGGGCCUAUAAGCCAUUGACCCCUCCCUCUACACCCAUGUCACCAUGCAGCUCUACCAACACCCCAAGGACACACCCAGUCAGCCAGCAGACUCCUUCCCCUCAUCAAAUACCCUAUCGGAACCAAGCGCAAGGGCCACACCCCCUGCAGCCUGACAACCAAGCAGUUGGCCCAGCCCACAACCAGCAAAGGCCACUCCCCCUCCAGAGCCCACCCUAUGCAGUGCCCUGCCCCCCCUCACUCCUCGGUCAGGAUGGUAACUACAGCCCUGAGCACAGGUUCCAGAGGCAAAUGUCGGAGCCAUGUCUACCCUUCCCUCCCUCUGAGAGCCGGACUCACCCUCAGUUCCUAGCCCAACCGCAGGCCCCCAGCCACAGUGCCCUACCCAGGGCCGGGAGGCCCCCCUACCACCGCCAGAUGUCUGAGCCCCUGGUCCCUGGUCCUGUGCCUCAACACUGCUUCAAGCAGGAGCUGCUGGACCCUCGCUACACAGAGCAGGGUGUCCCCUCCAUGGGUCCCCCUCAGGCUGCCUUCCACCCCAUGGCCAUCAAACAGGAGCCCCAGGACUUCUGCUUCGACUCUGAAGUGCCUGUCUGUCAGUCUACAUUUGGAAGAGCCGGGACCUUCUACCAAAACAACCAUGAAAGUUUCUCCUUUGACAGAGAGCCUCAGCUGUACUAUGAUGAUACCUGCGUGGUUCCUGACAGACUUGAAGGGAAGGUCAAGCAGGAGCCCUCAGUGUACCGUGAUGGCCCGCCCUACCAGCGGCGUGGCUCUCUGCAGCUCUGGCAGUUUCUGGUCACCCUAUUGGAUGACCCGGCCAACGGUCACUUCAUUGCCUGGACAGGCCGGGGCAUGGAGUUCAAACUCAUUGAGCCAGAAGAGGUGGCUCGCCGCUGGGGCAUCCAGAAGAACAGGCCAGCCAUGAACUAUGACAAGCUGAGUCGUUCUCUGCGCUACUACUACGAGAAGGGCAUCAUGCAGAAGGUAAAGGUUGCUGGCGAGAGGUACGUGUACAAGUUUGUGUGCGACCCUGAGGCCCUGUUCUCCAUGGCCUUCCCUGACAACCAGAGGCCCAACCUGAAGGCCGACCCAGACAGCCUGCCCUGCGUUGGGGUGGAUGAUGACACCCUGCCCCUCACCCACUACAAGAACACCCCUUACUUGGUGGACUCUGGGGAGCAGUGUGUAGUUCUACCCUAUGGGUACUGACUGCCCCCCCACUGCUCCUAAACCCAACCCAGAGAUCAAGCUCCGACUGCUGAGGCUGAGCAAGAAACUGGAUCAAACCUGAGCCCGAAACCUCCCUUUCUCCGCUAAGUUACUCCUCCAAUCCUGCCCACUUACGGAUUAACAUAACCCUCCCCCUAAAACGACUGAGGAGAAACCUGCACCAACCACGUUCCUUGGCAUCAUCUAUAGUACCAAGAGAGAGGGGACUGUGGAAGUAAGGGUGUUAUGGACUUCAGAGGCUCCGCCAACUCUCAACUCAAGGUGAACUGGUGUCAUUGCUAUGGAGACGAAGAGGAAGUAAUGGACCAGGGGCUGUGUUAUUAUGGCAGCAUGCCGGAGGACAGACCGAUAGAUCUCUGUGUAGACUGCAAGAAUUGUAACAGUUCUGAUUUUGGACAAUCUGCUUUUUCUAAAAUAAUUAUAUUAAAAGUUAAUUCUGACAAAAGUAUCUAUAAAUAAAGCACUAUUCUGUAGUUGCCUUUUUGGUCCCCAAUAAAUAUAUAUUUUUCUGCCACAUAGUAACAAUAAGAUCUGUGUAAGCAAGGGCUUUGAUUUGCAAAAAUAAAUAGUAAUAUUUGAAUGUUUAUAAAGAAACCUACAUACCUGUUGGUUUCUGUAGACUUGGUAUAGAAAAGAAUGCUGUCUAGUCUACGAUUGGUUAAGGAUUUAGAUCUGUAGUACUCCAGCCCAAUAGGAUAUUCUAUGGUUUCCAUGGAUGGUUUCCUCAGACCAGUGACCUACGUUUUUGUUUUUAAUGCUGCCCCAGCUGUGUAUUUAUCCAGUGUAAUGAAUAUUUGUGCUGGGCUGAGUAGCUCGGAGUACUGUCGCUCGGAGUACUGUCGCUGCGUCUGGAAUGACCCUAUGCACUCCUUUACAAAACCCAUGUGGCUCUGGUCAAAAGUAAUGCACUGAAUAGGGUACCAUUUAGGCUGCAGACUCUGUCUUGUUGUCCAUUCUCAUUUCUACUGACACUCCAGAACAGAUUUUUUUUUUUUCUUCAUAAACUACUUAUUUCCUAAAGGUUGUAACUAAUCAGCGUUCCACCUCAAACAAUAAAUCACCUGCAGGAAUCUUUCAUUUUCCAAAAAGGGACAACUGUCUAUUUUUCCCAGAGAUUUCGAAUUUUAAAAAACAUAAGGUUAUAACUUUUUUUUUUUUUUUUUUUCAUUUUAUUGGGUGCUUGAUGUUUCUGCGGCAGUGAGUGUACUAGAUUCUUAAAUGCACCAGGAUGGCAUCUUUCGGGACAUUGCAUGCGAAGGUGUAGAAUUAUACACCUUUCCCUGGAGUCCUCUUUCUACCAAUUGCAGGUUGUCAACAAGAGACCUCUGCUUCUCUUUGCAUGACAGUGUAUUCAAACAAACUGUCCACUAACACAUGGCUUUACUCUGGACAAAGAAGACAAAUUGUGAAAGUUCUCUGCAUUUUGUUUGUUUCUUAAAUGGGGGGGAAAAAGACAAAAUUAUAUAAAUAUCUAUUUUUGCUAAGGCUGCCUCUGAUUUUAUUGUAUAAGCCUGUAUAGUUGUGCCUAUAACUCAUGUAUCCCUGUGACGUGAUUAUUACUGCAGAUCGUUUUCUUUUUAUAGGCCGUUAUUGGUGAGUGAAAUGGUAGGAUGAAGAGCGAGAAAAUGGUAUUAGUUAUAAAGAAGUAGUGUGACUUGGGUUCCAUUCAGUGUGUUGCAGUGAUCUAAGGCACUGCAUCUCAGUGCAAGGAGUGUCACUACAGUCCCUGGUUUGAAUCCAGGUAGUAUCACAUCUGGCCGUCUCAUAGGGCGGCGCACAAUUGGCCGGGGUAGGCCGUCAUUGUAAAUAAGAAUUUGUUCUUCACUGACUUGCCUAGUUAUAUUUAAGGGGGGGGGGAUCCCAAAUGGCACCCUAUUUCCUAUAUAGUGAACUACCUUUUGAAAAGAGCCCUAUGGGCCCUGGUCAAAAGUAGUGCACUAUAUAUAAUGAAUAGGGUGCCAAUUCAGACAGUUAAGAGAUGUAAGUAUCCACCUCUAGUCUCUACCCUGACCUGACCAAGGGUUGUCUGAACUUGUAUAGGCUUCACCUUCUCUCCCUCUUCACAAUGUGUACCUUUACACUGCAAAGUUUAUAAUGAUCUGUACUGGGUACAAUAAACUCUUCUUUCUGCUUCACUUCCAGUGGACUGAUCUGUUUUGUCGUUCCCUGUUCCCGCUCCUCCUCACACAGGCUGCGUUACCAAAUGGCACCCUAUUCCCUAUAGUGCACUACUUUUAUCCAGGACCCUGGUCAAAAAUAGUGCACUAUAUAGGAAAUAGGGUGCCAUUUGGAAAUAAACUGUUGUUCUGCACUGAAGUGCUUGGCUUUGCUAUUUACUGACAAGUCACCUUUUUUCCCUGUUUUUUCCUUUUCCAGUUUUGAUAUUUCCUUUGUUAAAGAUUACCAUCUACUCUCCUAUUGCAAAUGGUUUAGCAAUACUGACUAAUAUGGCAGGAUUCCCUGGAAAUCAGUGGCAAUUGUUACAAUGUACAGAUGAAUCAUUGAUCAUCAUGCUCUCAUGAAUUACACCUUUUCUACCUGUACAUGUCCUUGUUUAUGUUUGAUUUGUGUUUUUAUGUCUGCACAGUGGUGACACAAAUUCACCCACAGAGAUAAAGAACUCUUGCAGUAAAAUUAAUGAAAGCAG